GCCCAAGCCAAGCUUCUCACGCAGGAACACACACAGCAACUCAAUAAUCAGCAGGUCAGACCGCAGGAGGCAUGUCGUUUUGUUCUGGAUUCAUUGACAAGGCUGUCGACUGCGCAGCAAACGCAGCCAAGCAGAAGGCAAAGGAGUUAAUGGGAGGAACCGCAGAUGAGGAUGAGACAGAAGGGUCCAGCAAGGGAGGUGGCGGAGUAGGAGGGCUAAUCGGAAACUUUCUCUCAGGGGGGGGCAAAGAUGAUGAUAAUAAGAGUGGAGGAGAAGAACGUGGAGGAAUGAAUCUCUCAUUCGGGGGGGACAGCGGAGUGAAAGGUGGCGGCGGAGGAUUCGGGAGCCUUUUCUCAUCCGGGAAAAAAGACGAUGAUGAGAGCACUGGAGGAGGAGGUGGUGAAGAUUUCGGCAUCUCAUUCGAGGACAAGCCACAUGAUAAAGGCAGUGGAGGAGGAGGGUUUGAUUUCAUGGGCGCCCUAGAAGACGUGGCGGACGAUAUUUCUGAAAAGAAAUAGUUCAACCCCGUGGGCCAGAUCGGGGGCUCGUUUGGCCAAGCCCUCCUGGAGCUGCCCUGCCCUGCCCAGCCCAGCCCAGCCCCACCCAAAGCUGCAGUCGUCCAGGACUCCUCCUGGCCCUGGCUCGGAGGUACUCUUUGGGGAGAACCUCAACCACUCAUCCAGCCCCCAAUCCUGAGCAAUUGUGAUCCGAAAUCUGUGUAUAUUCAGAGUUGCAUUUGCCUUCGAGGCAAUUUCAAAUAAAUGUAUAUUUAAAAUCUA